UGCAGGGAAGCACGUUAACUCAAAAAAGUCGUGCGCCCCACGCGAAAUUGACUGCACCGCACCAACCAACAAAAUCAUCCCUCUCGUUCCAAUUUUUCAGCCUUUCGAAAAAGCUCCUUUCUAACUCAACAUGCAUCUUCGUCAAACGACGUCGUAUCCAUUGAAUCCUCAUUCACCAUUCCCCUUUCCUUUUACAACCGCAUUUUAAAAUCAUCAUCGCCAAUUCAUCAGCAUUGGUUUCACACCACAACAUAACUACGUCGUCGUUGUUUUAAUCGUUUUUUAAAUUCGAAUCGGCGAUUCUCGUUACGGUAACAUCUGCACCGAAAACGAAGACGUUAUAGCCACGUAGUUUUCGUCGCGAUGCCGAUCGCGCGAUUCAACAGCCAGAUUCCGGUGCAGCUUCCGUCGCCGAUUCCUACAGGCAGAGGAUCGCGCUCCGCCGCAAAUGACAUCUUCAGCCAGUUCCUCGAGAAGAAGCUCCAGUUGCCGGCACUUACACUACCAGAACCUCACCUCCCGCCGGCGCCGGCAGAAAUCGAUCUCCGGUCUCUACCACUGGCUUCCGCGGGUCUGCUUCUACGCUCCGCCAAAGAGUUCGGCGCGUUCAGGAUACGGAGCCACGGAAUCUCUUGCCACGAACUUGGAAUAAUGGCGGAGAAAGCCGAGUGCGUAUUCAAAGACUCCAAAAAUGUCGUCGUUGAGCGUGACGGACGCUGUGGAGGGAUGAUUCCCUGCGUUCGAUCCAGCAACGGAGGACUGGAAUUCACCGCUCACAACCAAACGAAUCGGAAAUUUUGGGUUCUUAUGGGGAACGUAGCAAGUAGAUUGGAUAGCAUAGUAGAGCAAGUGACUCUGGCUCUACAACAGGACACAUCUCAAGAUUUUAAGGAGCAGAUUCAAGAGACAGAGUCUGUGAUUUGCCUUUGCAGGUAUCCCCAUGAUAAUACCCCCAAACGAAAUAAAGGCGUCACGGAUGAGACAAAGGGUAUAUUAUGCGAACAUGCUCUGCGCUUCUACCUUCCCUUGGAGCAUUGCAUAUUUUACGUCCAAACUGAAAGAGGUCCUCUGUCAUUUGAUGCAGGCCCAGAACAUAUAGUAGUCACUGUUGGCAAGCAAUUAGAGGAGUGGAGCCACAGUGUAUUCAAAUGUGUUCCUGGGGAAAUGAUCUUCAUGCCGAGUUUCCGGAGUAGCAAUGCCUCUUUCUCCAUAGAGCUUACAUGCUUGGCCUCUUCAAAUCUAAAUCACCUAUUAAAUAAUUUUGAUAAGAUAAUAUCCUUAAACGAUCAAAUCCUUAUUGUAUUAUGCCUUGUAUUUUUAUACAAAUUUCUAUACUUCAUCUUUUCCUGAUCCUCAGUACACGGUUGCACCAUUUUCUUUUCAUUGGAUGCCUUUUGCGUGAUCAGAUGUUGCUCUACCCAGUUACAUUUUUUUUUCUCGAAUCUAUUUACAAUGACCAUUUUGAUGUACAGUUUGAGUGUAAAGGUUGUUGGUUUUAGUUUAAAAAAUACCAGUUAUGACACAUUGACAUGAUUUUCUGAGUUGAAAUUUGCAAAUAUAUAUUGGCAAUUUAAACUGGAGGA